AUGCCUCGUUCCAAGUUCAACCCCGACACAGACAUUCCAGACCUCUCUGGCAAAUCCAUUUUCAUCACGGGUGGAACAAGUGGCCUGGGUGAAACAUCCGCUAUACAACUCGCCAAACACAACCCAGCGCACAUCUACAUCAGUGGACGCAAUGCAACAACCGCCGAAACAAUCAUCAACAAAAUCCACGACAGCAACCCCACCACCCAAGUCACCUUCGUCCAAUGCGACCUUUCAUCUCUAUCAUCCGUGAAAGAAGCAGCCGAGAAAUUCGUAGCCCAAACACCAUCUCUCGACAUCCUCAUGUGCAAUGCCGGCAUCAUGGCUCGGCCACCUGGACUCACAGCCGACGGCUACGAGAUCCAAUUCGGCACAAACCAUCUCGGCCAUGCCCUUCUCAUCAAAAAACUGCUUCCACUACUCGAACGAACUGCAGCGCGCAGCGACGGCGACGCACGCAUCGUCAUCCUCGCUUCCGAAGGCCACAACUUCCACCCUAAAACGGGCAUCAACUUUGACGACCUCCGGACCGUCCAGGAUAUGGGUGUAGGAGGAUCCUGGAUCCGCUAUGCCCAGAGCAAACUGGCCAACAUCCUCUACGCAAACGAACUCGCCCGUCGAUAUCCCCUCAUCACCUCUGUAUCACUUCACCCUGGAGUGGUGAGUACCGGUCUACUCGAUAACUCGGGGCCCAUGAAUACCGCCUUUGUUUACAUGACGACUUGGUGGCAAAUGAAGAAACCCGAAGAGGGAACGCAUAACCAGCUUUGGGCUUCGACGGUGGACAAAGAGAAGAUUCAGAGUGGGCAGUAUUAUGUGCCCGUUGGGACGGUUCCGAAAUGUAAUGUGAGCAAAUUGACCAAGGAUGAUGCGCUGGCGUUGAAAUUGUGGGAUUGGACUGAGAAGGCUUUGGAGGGAUAUUAA